CGACGUGACGUGCCCGCAUGCUGUCUAGUUAAGAGGGGUGGCAAAAAUAAGACUACAAAGUUGAAAAGAAAAACAGAAGAGAAACAGUGAGAAUAUCUAAGAGAGUCUGCACGAAGAAAGGCUGCGCGGAGAAUUCUUGCUAUAACAGCUGGACCCAAUGGGAGGGUGUGCCCAUAAUCACCAUGCUAGCGGCCAGCGGGUUGGUGAUCGCAGUACAUGGUAAAGAGGACUCUGCAGCCCGUUUUCCUUUACAUUAUCUCAAUUGCCUCGUACGAAAACUGCAGGAAGAGGAGGGAUGGACUACUGUAUUUUGACAUGCCGUCACCGUGUAGCUUACAUACAGUAAAAUUAAUCAGCCUUAUCAAAAUGGAUUUGGAGUUUCGUAACUUGACAUACACAGUGCAUAGCCGAAUAGCUAGAGGGCCCGGGAAACAAGUAAUCAAAGGCGUCAGCGGCAGGUUUAUGGCUGGGCAGCUAAUAGCAAUCAUGGGACCUUCGGGUGCCGGCAAAAGUUCUCUUCUAAACGUUAUAUCAGGAUACAAAUCCGGAGGUAUUACAGGCGAGCUUCUCGUGGACGGACAGACUCGCGAUGAGCAGCAGUUCAAAAGAUCAUCGUGUUACAUCACACAAGAAGAUCUCCUACAACCUUUACUCACGGUGCGCGAAGCUAUGGACGUGGCGGCAAAAUUCAAGCUGCCAAAGGGUGCGAAGAUUCCCUCGGAGGAAAUACUACAGGAACUCGGCUUGUUAGAGCAUCAAAACACCAAGACUGAUCUACUUUCAGGAGGACAGAAGAAGAGGUUAGCAAUAGCGCUAGAGUUAGUGAACAAUCCACCAGUAUUCUUCCUCGACGAGCCGACGAGCGGUUUAGACAAUGUCACAACGGUGCAGUGUAUCAAACUACUCAAGCAGUUGGCGAGGCAGGGGAGGACAGUGGUUUGCACCAUUCACCAGCCACCAGCAUCGCUCUUCGAGCUUUUUGAUCAGGCAUACAUAUUAGCAGACGGGCGUUGUAUCUACCAGGGCGACACAGAUGCGAUGGUACCACAUCUGCAGAGCGUCGGCCUGGCGUGUCCUAGGCACCACAACCCCGCCGAUUUCAUCAUAGAAGUAACGGAAAACUCUCAAAAUAUAACAAUGCUGUGCGACGAAAUAUUGAAUGGAAAAAUGUAUAAAUCUGCAAAAUUUGAUACCGUACCGAGCGAGCCGAUAAAUAACAUGCACCUUAAAGUUUGCUAUCAAAUAGAAGAUGAAUCAGGGGAGACAGAAAUAGUAUUAUCGAAUGAAAAAUGCACAUAUCAAGUGAAACAGUAUAAUGAAGUCAGCAAUUCCACAACUUCAUUGGACCAGAUGUCAAGAGAUGACUCCUCGUUAGCUUGGAUGAAGAUACAGAAGUCAACGUGUAGAUACCCGACGACGAAUUUCCAACAGUUCUCCAUAUUGCUUGUCAGAAUGUUGGUACAAAUCUCAAGAAAUCAUCAAGCGUUAUGGAUCCAGACUGUACACCACGUGAUGUGCGGCGUGCUAGUCGGUUUAUGCUUCUUCGGAACUGCGAACGACGGCUCGCAGAUGUUUAACCAUCUCAAGAUGUGCGUCGGACUUGUCAUUUUCUUCGCCUAUACGCAGAUUAUGGUUCCGGUAUUAGUUUAUCCCCAAGAAGUAAAGCUGGUGAAAAAGGAAACCUUCAACGGCUGGUACAGCUUGACGCCGUACUACGCCGCGUUGACUGUGUCCAAGCUUCCGGUGCAGCUGACUCUGAACAUGGUGUUCUGCGUGAUCGUGUUCUUCAUGGUCGGAGUGCCUUUCACUGUUGCCAGGUUCAUCGUGUUCUGCUUGAUCGGAAACAUUGUGUCUCUGGUGUCCGAGGGCAUCGGUAUGGCGAUCGGAUCUGUGUUUAGCGUCAGGAAUGGAUGCGCAAUCGGGCCAGCAGCGAUCGCCCCAUUCCUCGGCCUAGCCAUCUACGGUUUCGACUUCGCCCACAGGAUUCCCCUUAUCAUGAAUAUCAUAAUGAAGACAUCCUUCAUCAGGUGUGGAGUGGUAGCCAUGAUUCUCACGGUCUUCGGCUUCGGCAGGAAAAACCUCGACUGCAAAGAUACGUACUGCCAUUUCGCUAAACCAGACGUUUUACUAAGGUACCUCGAUAUUGAAAACAGCUCGGUAUGGUUCGAAAUCCUCAUUAUGGUCAGUAUAAUGGUCACUGCCAGAUUUCUGUGUUACAUGGGUUUAAGAUGGCGAUUCACGACGUGAUUCAGUAAAAAAAAAAAAAAUUGUGUGUUUUUAUCAACAGGUACUGAUAUGUUUGCCUUGGACCAUAGAUAAAAUAGUUUUUUCUGAGAAAAGUGUUACGUCGAAAAUCAGUUUCGAACUAGAUUAAAAUACUUGGACUUUUGUGAAGUCAGAUUUAUUUUAAUUUAUUAAUAGUCUUACUCUGUAGGUAUUCAGCUGUAUUUUUUAAUUUAUUAUUCAAUGAGUCGCCUUUAGAGAGUAAAGAAUGUUUUUUAAGCAAACGUUUUGGACUAGACACUUUUUUCACAGCAAACUCAAAUGAAUGUAAAGGAAGAUUGUUAUUUCUGUUUUUUUUUUAAAUAAAACCUGUUUCUGUUAUUAUUCGUAUUAAUAUUAAAUUUUUAAUAUUGGAUGGAACUACAUGAUAAAAAUAGCUAUUUAUACCAAAGACGCGAUUUAACUUGUGCACAGGUUUUUGCUAGAUAAAGGCUUGCAAAUACCUAAUCUUCAUUAUUUCUAAUUUAAAAACAAUUAAAUUAAAAAAAAGCAAUGACAAAGUUGUGGUUAGAAGAACACUCGAAUCCGGAUACUAAAGUAAAGUAGGUAGACCGAAAUGUUCGAUAGAUGGCACUUGGUAAGUCUUUACAGUAACGCCAUCUAACAUAAAACAGUGGAACCCCUACGUACCAUCGACAAUAAUUUAAACACGUCAGCAAUCUUCCUUUAUUUUUAUCUAUGCUGCCACUGGUGCCAGUACAAAUAAAUAUAUUUAGUGAUAAACUAUAAAUAUAUUAAAAUACAAGUUUUUUUUUGUUAUAAUCGGUUUGAGAUAUUUGGUAACAGGAUGCAAUUCGCACUUAUCUCUAGCCAAAGACACCUCAUGUAUUUUAUAAGACUACAAAAGACUCAAUCAUAAUAUUUUAAUAACGUCUACAUUUGAGUACUAUUUUAAAUUUUGAAUUAAUUUAGUUUUAAAGAGACCUCUGGGUUUUCACGACAUUAAAUUCUGUGGAUUUUAUUUAUAAAAAAAAUUGUUUUACUUAAUUGAAUUUAAACAGAAAAGUGUGUAAAUUAAAUUAACAAGAUAAACGUUUGAUUUUUUUUUUAACAAAUUUAGUCACUUUGUAACUUGGCCAUGAGAGUAUUUUAUGUCCAAGGCUAUAGUGCUAGAAAAAAGAAAAAUGCCUGUCUUAUUUUUCGAUGUGAUAUAAUUAUACAAAUUAAAUAUUAGGUAUUAUUUAUUGGUGUCGCAGAUUUUAUUAUCCAUUUCAGUAUAAUACGUACUUAGAUAUAGGUAUGUGCAUCAUUAUUAAUAUUAUUAUUUUGUAGAAGUUAAAGGAAUUUACGUUAAGUUAUUAAUUUAAUAGAUUUAAGCACCCAAUUUAAUUGUUUACAUAAUUCUAAAUAGAGAAUUUAAUUGUCAUUAUUUUUUAAAUUUUGCGUUUUUAUGAAUUCUUAAUAACGUGCAAAUAAGAGCUAGGAAAUGUAGAUCGCGCCACGCGUAAGUCCGAUUGGUUAAAUAUAUAUAUAGUUUGACAUAUAGGAGUACGCUUUGCACUUCAUGCCGUAUGAGUCUAUAAUAAAUCACCUAUUAAUGUUCACAUAAACGCAAAAUUUACGAUUUAUUAAGAUUACAAACAUGGUAUCUUAAGCAUUGUACAUAAAACUGAUUUAAAAGAAAAACUAUAAAUUUUGUACGUUUACAAUUAAAGAAAACUUAAAUGAA